AUGACCGAGCCCAAAGAGCCCAUUGUCUCCCACGGUCGCGGCGGCCAAGGAAAUAUCGGCGCUGACUCGACCCAAUACGUCGACGCUGAAAUCGUUCGCGCGGGGCCUACUGGCGACCAGGGCGACGGCGCCUAUUCUGCCGGCCGCGGCGGCGCAGGCAACAUCGGCUCGCCGAAUGUGCGCCCAUCGACGCCAGGACAAGUACACGACACCGAAGUCGUGCCAGAUUUGGCGGUGCGCAGUAGUUUGGAAGGGGAUUAUCAUGUUGGGCGCGGCGGUCAAGGCAAUGUCCAUCUCGAUGAGAGCCAGCAGGCGGCGGCGGCGCACAAGAAAACACCCUCGUCGUCGGUUCCCCAGGGACUGGCUGAUAAGUUGAAGAAUAAGAUUUUCGGCAAGAAGGAAUAG